AUGGCUGCCGAGAAGUGUGGGGAAAUUGUUCAAAGAAUUUCAAUUUCAUCUGGCCAAGAACUGAUGGCAGCCUUACAGGACCUCAGUGCGCUUUUCAACAGCCCUUCCUUCAGUCUUAGGGAGUUGGUGCCCCACAUCCCGGUACAUUUGCUUUUCGGGUGUUUAAGCGCUAAAAACGAAGAACAAAUUGAUGUGUGCAAAGGAAUCCUAAAGAAACUGCUGUCUUUGGAAAAAGCAGACGCAGUCAUAAUGCAGUACCACGACUUUGUCAUCGAAGGAAUGAAUCAUCCAGUGUUUGAAGUCCGUGAGCUUUGUUUGAGUGAGCUGGAAAGAUGUUCUGCCACAAUAAAUGGGCUUGAAGCUCUUCUAGACAACGUUGAUGUCCUGGUUUACACCGUUCGUGCUCUGAGCGAUGAGAACCUUUCCUGUGCAAAGUUAGCUACAAAAACUCUGGUCAACACCGCUAAACAUGAUUCAGGACUCGAACUUUUAUUUCAACACCAGAUUAAAAGUGAAUUCGAGGCCCUUCUGUUGAAAAAAGAUGUCAUUCGCUUCAGAGUAUACGAGUUGAUAGUCACUAUCCAGGCUUUGUCUGACAGAGCCUUUGAAUACUGCAAAAGGUGUGGAAUCCUGGAGAAGCUUGGAAAAGAGCUAGAUGGUGAUGAUAUGUUGCUCCGUUUAAACUGCAUUGAACUAUUAACACAGAUGGCUGAUUCAGGGAAAAAUGGUCUGAUGUUUGCUGAAGAGAUUGGUGUAGUCAAAAGGCUGUAUAACCUUUUACUAAGUGGUGAUGCUGACCCUCUGAUGUCUCUUAUGUUACCAAGUAAGUGUCUAGAAUUGAGAAUUCUCUCCAAAUAUGCCACUUUGAAAAGUACCAUAAUAUUUUUGUAAAUGAAAUUGCCGUUUGGGUAAAGCUUCAUGUAAACCUCACAUUCACAUUAUCGUUUGUGCAUGUGCAGUUAUGGCUGAUUUCCAAAAAUACUAUAGUAAUCUAUAAUGCAUAAUAAUUCUGGCCUUUUUUUUUGUUACAAUAGCACAAUUAAGGGUACAUUUUGGAGGCUUGCACUAGAACCUGUUGCUCUGUCUCUAAUUAUUUAAGAGUCCUUUAGUCCUCAUUGCCAGACUCCUCAGUGUAUUAAAAACACAAAGGCACUAGACUGUACUUAAAACCAGUGCUGAACGUUAGCACAGUUGUGUUUGUGGGCAAAUACCAGUAGGCUGAAUCGGGAAUUUUUCAGCAAAAUGAUGCAUUGUACAGUGUAUAUUCAAAAUCAUGCAGAAAAGAUAAUGCAGAAGUAGGGUUUACAUGAAGCAGUGCCCCAACAGUGAAUUCAGAAUAUUAUUAUGGUAUUUUUUGCAGCAGCCAUUAAUGCUCUCAUAACAGAUAAUCUCACGAGUGAGCUCGAUUAUUAGCCACUGUUCAAGAAAUAAUGCUUCCCUCCCCCACCUCUGGAAAGUAGUAGGACAUGUGAUCAUUGACAUUAUUUAUUGUGGCAUGCUAUUGUGUUUGGCAGCUUUUUAAGCUUAAAACCUGAAAGUACUGUACAACAAAACAACAAACAGAGUUAUAUUAAAGAAGCUGGUUUAAAUGGUGAGGUCAACCAACUGGAAUUGGAUUGUUAAUACUUUCCAGUCAGUACUUAGAGUUGUUGUCAUUCAACAUAAAAGAGAUGAUUUUGAAGGCCAUUUUUGUUGUAAUUUUACACCUAUCUUCACUCAUGCAAAGUCAAUGGAAAUACACCACUGUACCUUAAAUCAGUAGGCUCUGCUGUGAAGUUUAUUGACCAAAGUGACUGAAAGGCAAAAACUGCAACACGUGUUUGUUUUCUGAUGACAUUUCCUAUUUAACCAAAGAGGACAUAAUCAUCUUGAUCCAUACCUGGCAGGCUAACAACAAAUUAGUUUCCUUGUCAACUGUGCAGCCUGUUGAAAGCAGCCUUAAUUUUAGUCUUUGGGCUAUGGAAGGAUUUUGUUAACAGUGUUGAAAGUGUUAAAACUGGUACAGCUUCUUUAAAAAGCAGUUUGGGGUACCUUUCGUCUGUCAUGAAAGAAGAUUUGAGUUCGAAACUUCAUUAAGGUGACUCGACCCAGUUUUUUUGGGGGGGUACCAUCCUACUUUGAAGCUCUCUGGUAUCCCCACCUUUACUUUUAUCGUAAGUCUAACACAUAGAAUGGAUUACAUAUAGAUCAAUCUACAAUAUAACAUAAAAUUUUUGGCGAUCGGAGUAAAUGUCACGUGGUUAUAAUGCCACGCCCCUUUGAGGUCUGAGUCGAAAAUCUGCUGUUGCCGGCAUUUUUUCGUGAAAAUCUCUCGGCUACACAUAGUGCGCAUUAGUGCCUUGCGCUGAACAGAGUUUCACCAAAAUCGCAAAGACCCAAUUCGAGAAAUUCAGCGGUUUCCAAAUUUAGGUCAUAAUUUAUGCGAAAAUGAUAAGCAAACUUUACACGGAUUAUAUCUAAUAAACUAUGAGAUUCAUCUCUUUAUUUUGGGCAUCGUUAUAACAGAUGGGUCCUUGCAAGUCAGCAAAACGCUUUAGGGCCUUGUAAAUGCGCGCGAUUUCGAGCAAAGCAAACAUAUAGAAAUUAUAGUUUUCGCUAUUUGUUGACGUUUGUCAGCGUUUAAGAGUCCUUCUCACGAAAAAAGCAUUUUCUUAAAAAUUCGUAGUUUUUUUUCCUUCAAAUUUUUUCAGGGCCACAAUUGAUUAACUAACUACCCGGACUCUGAAUUUCAUGGUCAUUGAAAAACUGUGACAUUAUCUUCUAUAAGCCCAAACUUGAGUAAACAUUGAAGAUUUUUAGCGUUUUGGCUGAGUUUGUGCUUUGGGAGUUGUCUAUUGUUUCUAGUCUGUCAUUAUACAGCAUUCUUGUUCAGCACGCGUGCAAUGACCACGCUUGGCUGACUUCCGAAUGCUCACCGAGAUAUUCCCGUCACGAGUUGGUUUAAUUAUUGGCUUGCAUUAAACCUAUGAAAAAAUGAUAUUUUUUUAAUAGUAAGUAGAUUUAGUGUGUAGCACUUCUUGAUUUUUUUGCAAAGGCACAAGAAGCACGAGAAUUGAUUAAAAAUUGUGACUUAAACCUCUAUGUAUCACGCGAUGGCCUGUCUCACUGUACCAAAAUUAUUAUAUCUCGGUGAGCAUUCGGAAGUCAGCCAAGCGCGGUCAUUGCACGCGUGCUGAACAAGAAUGCUGUAUAAUGACAGACUAGAAACAAUAGACAACUCCCAAAGCACAAACUCAGCCAAAACGCUAAAAAUCUUCAAUGUUUACUCAAGUUUGGGCUUAUAGAAGAUAAUGUCACAGUUUUUCAAUGACCAUGAAAUUCAGAGUCCGGGUAGUUAGUUAAUCAAUUGUGGCCCUGAAAAAAUUUGAAGGAAAAAAAACUACGAAUUUUUAAGAAAAUGCUUUUUUCGUGAGAAGGACUCUUAAACGCUGACAAACGUCAACAAAUAGCGAAAACUAUAAUUUCUAUAUGUUUGCUUUGCUCGAAAUCGCGCGCAUUUACAAGGCCCUAAAGCGUUUUGCUGACUUGCAAGGACCCAUCUGUUAUAACGAUGCCCAAAAUAAAGAGAUGAAUCUCAUAGUUUAUUAGAUAUAAUCCGUGUAAAGUUUGCUUAUCAUUUUCGCAUAAAUUAUGACCUAAAUUUGGAAACCGCUGAAUUUCUCGAAUUGGGUCUUUGCGAUUUUGGUGAAACUCUGUUCAGCGCAAGGCACUAAUGCGCACUAUGUGUAGCCGAGAGAUUUUCACGAAAAAAUGCCGGCAACAGCAGAUUUUCGACUCAGACCUCAAAGGGGCGUGGCAUUAUAACCACGUGACAUUUACUCCGAUCGCCAAAAAUUUUAUGUUAUAUUGUAGAUUGAUCUAUAUGUUAUCCAUUCUAUGUGUUAGACUUACGAUAAAAGUAAAGGUGGGGAUACCAGAGAGCUUCAAAGUAGGAUGGUACCCUCACAAAAUAACUGGGUCAAGUCACCUUAAGUGAUGAAUGUUUUAUAUUGUUUACAAACUUAAAGUACCUUAUUUAUUCGAAUAAACGCCUAACCUCAAAUUAGCGCCCACCUCGAAUAAACACCUAUCCUAAAGGCAGAACGUUAACAAGCACCCAGCCUAGACUAAGCACCCACCCCCACCCCACGUCCCUCCCACUCCCAGUCAGAUUCAAAUAAGUGCCCACCCCCACCCCACCCACUUCCCCCCCACCCUCCCAAAAUUGAAUAAGUACUAAUAAGAGACUUCCAUAAGACAGAGUUUUCUUCAGAGUAUUUUACAGAAACCUUGCCUUGUUACAUCUUCAUGAUUUGUUAGUACCAUUUAUUGUUUUGUUGCAAAAUAAACAUACUACACUUGCUGAAAAUGUUCAAAAUUUAAUAAGUGCCCAGCCUCAAAUAAGCGCGUACUCUCAACGUCCAAAAAUCUAAUAAGGGCCCAGGGCGGUUAAUCAAAUAAAUACAGUAUCUUAUUUUUUUUACCCUUUAGGCAUCAUCAGGUUUUUUGGCUUUCUAGCUCAAUCCAGACCAGUGGAGGUGACAGAGCAGUACCCUGCUUUCCUACAGAAUGUUUUCUCCUUCCUGACAGCUUGUGAUCCAGCACUUAAGCUUAUUGCAAUAGAAACAGUCGGUGCUGUUUCACUGUCAGAGGCAGGCUUGAGGGUUGUCUUUGACAACACAAUCCGUAAUGACGAGGUGAUGAAAAUUUUGUGUUCAAACGUCAGAUCUUCUGAUGCCGACAUAAGAAGUAGAUCAUUAGAAGCACUGGUAUCUAUAUUUUAUUCACCCAAUGUUCCUUCUGAUGAGCUAUCGUUGCUUGCAAAGUCGCUAUUCACUGCCAUGACGUCGAAUCCACUGCAGACCCUUUUGGACCUUUCCAGACAACCUUUUGAAGAUGUCCAUUGUGCCGUGUUGAAGGUGUUUACAAGCCUUGCUAAGUACAAAUGGGCUCAAGAACACAUGACAACGUGUCCAGGUAAAAUAGCAUCUUUUACCAACCAGAGACCUGUUUCUCGAAAGGCCCGGUAACUUCUCGUAUCCGAAGGCAAAUUUUAAAAUCAACUGUUGAACAGUAGCACAGUUCCUUUCUCACAAACGGCCAAUUUUGCUUCUUAACUGAUACUUUCAUUGUAUCUAAUCUUCUUCAAAGUUUAAUAUUGAAACUUUGAUCUUGAAUGCAAACACGGCAAACAUAAACAGCUUUUCGGGCCCGAAAAGUUAUCGGGAAUUUCGAGAAACGGGCCCAAGGCAAGUUUUCAGGAAGGCAGAGUGACUUAGGCUGAGGAACUCACAAGGCAGAUUUAUGUCUUACUCUAUUCACUAGAUAGAUUUGUAAUUGUUUCUCGGUAGUCCCGAAAGUAACUUCUUGGCCUUGCUUGUAAAUAGCCUGCUCUGUGUUUUUUUUUUUCUCACGUUAUAUUUAUUUUUGUUACUUUAUGGAGGUGCUUGAAAUGUAGCGAGAGCAACAAAAUGCUUUUCUAAUGGAAACAAAAGCAACAGAGUGAACCUUUUGUAUAUUUACAGGCUGGUGCAAACCGGCCAAUACUUCUCUUCAUCUCUUCAUAUCGUAAGGAAUUGCCAUAUGAGUGGGUGGUAUAAAACAGUCAUGCUGGAGAGCAGAGAGGCAUUGGCAAAAAUGGUUAUUUCAUUUGUUUGUCUUAUCCCAGUGCGUCUCUAUAUCUCUUCCAGUAUGGCCGUUAAGUACCUUGUGAGUGUGUUUUGGUUAGAUUAACGGUCCUUUCGCCUACGAGUCGUUUCGCAAACGUCCUGUUCGCCAACGCAUUAAGUGGGUUCGCCAACGUGCUGGGUCAGUUCCCCCCCAAAAAACAAUAGCUUAAAUAACGAGUUAUAUGUACAGCACUCGUUUUUCAAUUGCAAUACUACUGUAUAACGUAAAAUACUGGUUGUCACCAGGGUGUGAUUCUGAGUUGUUCAUGCAGGAUCAAUAGUACACAACAAGGCCUAAAAAACUCGGAUUUUGAACUACCCCACUUUGAUACAGUGGCCUAUGGGAAGCAUUCGCUGCGGUACCAGGGACCUUUUAUUUGGUCGAAGGUCAGUGGUGAGCUAAGAAACUUAACAAGCCUCAAAGCAUUCAAGAAACAUAUACGCGGUGUGGACUUUUCGAGCCAUAUAGAUAAUAAUAUUAACUGCUGUGACUUGUGUAAAUCCUGAGUCACGUACAUUUGUAUAUAGUUUUCAGGUUUUAAGUAAGAUCAUUAAUUCAAAAAUCAUGUAACAGAUUAGUGCCAGCACUUAGGAGAGUGUCCCCGAUUAGCUUAUUAAAACUGUUAAGCUAAAUACAUCGACACCAAAAAAAGUUAUUCUUCUUAUUAUUAUUAAAUUGUUUCGUGCGCGAAACGACUUGACGUUAGCGAACGUGACGUUGGCGAAACGACCGGUCACCUUUGGAUAGCAUCGAGCCUUUGUUAGCACUUGCCCAACCCCAAAGGGCGUAAUAGCACAGCACAAGAAUGAUGUCAGAGUGAGUUUUGUUAUUUGUUUGUUCGUGUGGUUUUUUUUUCUUCAUUAGUGAGGAAUUCGCUAUUUUAAUUUCAAUUUUGUUUGUCUGAGUUUGGGUCUAUCUAAGUAAGUUUACGUGGUGCUACUUUAAAACGAACUUCUGAGGAAAUUUCUUUUUCUCAGGUUUCCUGGAAUACCUGAUGGACAGGAGUACAGAAACUGACAAAGCUGGCAAAGAGCAGAAGUAUGAACUUAUCGUAGCACUUUUGCGGUCUCCAUUCUCCAAGGAAACGUUUGAGAAGCCGUUUCAUUUACGACUGCGUGAAUAUGAACGCGAAGGUCCAUUCUACGUCCGAGUACAGGCCGCUGUAGCCUUCGAAGGAGCAGACUAGAACAGCUGUGCAUCGAACGCAGCUUGAAGACAUUCUUGACUUCGAUAGCUUGACUGUGAUAUUUAUACAAAUUUAUUUUAAAAAAGGUACUUAAUUUACAAGACAAAAACACUGAAAGAACUUUAAGCAAAAAUCGAUAACAAUUUUGAAAAAGAAGGUACUAGCUGCUAGAAUGAGAUCAUAUAAUGACUGUAGUACAAAGCAUUGUUAGCAGUGUUUUAAACUAAGUCUAAUAACUAUUCGAAUCAAGCAUGCUCUCCAGACCAAACGUGAUAUUUGGUUAAAAAAUCCUGCUGACGACAUUAGCAUUUAGCUACAGUUUUUAAAACUCAUCCAAAAAGUCACUCUCAUUGCUUUGUCACCAUGAUUAAGGGUGGGGUUUAACAUUAAUGCUUGAAAUCCAUAGAGAGGACAAAAAGACAAGGCUCACGAACGCCUUCAAUUAUUUCAUCUUAGUUUUAAUCCUUUAAAGAAGACGACAGACUGUUUCUUAAGCAAAUUAAAGAGUUGUUCAAAGUAUGUAAGGUUGCCCUUUUUGAUUAUUCACAAAAUACGAAAAUGAGUUUCUCAGAAAGAACACAAUCUAACCCGACUUAACAAUCUGACUUAAUAAACACUGAAUCUAUAUUUUUUCAAAAAGGUGUUUAUACUUUUAUACUACUACAUAAGAAAUUUCUGCAAUUUG